ACUUGAGCUUCAGCUGUCAUUGCUCCUCAAACCCCUCGAGGUUGACUGCUGUCUCUUCCAACAUGGGUCUAAUCACAGGACUGUGUACUUUCUUGUAUCACUUACCUCAGAUUUACAAAUGGUUGCUGAAACCGUAUUAUAUCACCUCGCUCUUCAUGACCGUCGCCUUCUUGGUGGUCCGAAAGGCUCCCGGUCUGUGCGAGCAUCUGGCGACCCAGCGGGAGGACGGCAACUCCUGCGACUUUGACUGGAGAGAGGUGGAGAUUCUCAUGUUUCUUAGUGCAAUAGUGAUGAUGAAGAACAGGAGAGCGAUCACACUGGAGCAGCACAUAGGCAACGUGUUCCUGUUCAGUAAAGUGGCCAACGUCAUGCUUUUCUUCAGGCUGGACAUUCGGCUCGGCAUUCUUUACCUCGCAUUGUGUGUCGCAUUCGUCAUGACCUGUAAGCCACCUCUCUACAUGGGCCCCGAGUACAUCAAGUACUUCAGUGACAAGACCAUGGAUGAGGAGCUGCAGAGAGACAGUCGUGUCACCUGGAUUGUUGAAUUCUACGCCAACUGGUCCUCUGACUGCCAGUCUUUCGCUCCCGUUUUUGCCGACCUCUCUCUCAAGUACAACUGUCCUGGACUCAGGUUUGGAAAGGUGGACGUCGGGCGCUAUGGAGAGGUUUCAGAGAGGUACAGGGUUAGUACUUCUCCUCUGACCAAGCAGCUGCCCUCACUGGUGCUUUUCCAAGAAGGGCGGGAAGUUAUGAGACGUCCAAUGGUGGACAAUAAAGGGAGAGCUGUGUCUUGGACCUUCAGUGAGGAGAACAUUAUCCGAGAGUUUAACCUCAACGAGCUCUUCCAAAAAUCCAAGAAGCUGAACAAAAGCCGCGGUUUGAAUGAAGAGGAGCAGAACAGCAUUCAGCCAGAGGAGGGCAGCAACGAGCUCCCUUCUGAAACCGACAACCUGGAGCAGCCCACGGAGAGCAAGAAAGAUCAGUGAAGUGAAGCGGAUGAUUUAGAGAGGGGCUGCAUGAACUCUUUCAUUUUCUUCAGACAUUGCCAUGCCUUACAUUAUUGCAAAAGUCCCGAUUAUGGGCCAGAGAGGAAAAUAGGUUCAACCACUACUCAAUGUCAUGUCUACAUUAAGUCUUUACUUUAGCAAAUAAAUACCCAAAACCGCUGGACCACAUUUUCCUGGUCUAUGACGCAGUGUAGUUUGAAUGCAGCUAUGCAA